AAUUUCUAACCUCUUAUGCUAUAUUUUACCCAAUGCGGUUACAUGACCUGCUGCGUAAACAUUUAAGUUUUUUAAGAAAAGAAAAUCGGAAUGGGAAAAGUCAAAAGACGUAGGCGUAAGCCGGAGAAAGAUAACCCCACUGGAUUGCCGAGUAUCAAAGAUUUCGAGGAGGACGAAAAUAAUUCCAACAGCGAUAAAGAAAAAGCAUUUCAGGAUGUCUUCGAACAGCUGCAGUCGCCAACCAUCGAAGAAAAGAUCUCUGCUUUGCAGACGCUGGAAUCUAUGUCAUACGAGGCACUGAUUGCCUUACAAAUUGCUAAGAAUAAAGUAGCAAGGAUAGUUGGGCCGUUAUUGACAGAUCUUAACUCAGUCGUGCGUACGGCAGCAGCAAGUGCAUUAAGAAAUGUUGCCGAUAACGGCGGUGACGAAGCUUAUACACAACUGAUAAAGGACGAUCUUAUGACUCCACUUAUUGUAUCAUUACGGAAGCAUUAUGCCGAAUGGCAACCAGAGGUGGGUAUGAAAGCAAGCAAACUACGCGAAGAGAAAAAUGCGUUCAUUCAAAUUGUAACAUUACUCUGGACAUUAUGCGAGAAGGACGAGCAAGUCGUACAGAUUUGCAACAACAACAAUAUCAUGGUUACGCUUUUAAAGUUCCUUAACCCACUGGUUUACGGAAUGGAUAUGAGCAUCGUCGCUGCUCAGUGCGCUGUCACCUUAUGCGAGGAUAAUUCUGUCGCCAUUAACGAGGUAAAGAGACAAGAAGGGUUCAUUAUAACUCUCUUGGAUUUAAAACCAGAAAAGGAGAAUAGUAUUUCUGAAUUAUUACUGCUUCGAACUUUAGUAGCCAAUCUGUUAAUGAAUGCCAAUGCCGAGUUCCGUUCGGAGCAAGAAACUAUUCGUAUGGUCUGUAAAAUUGUUGCUGUCUUAUCGGAUAUUUUAUUGAUCGAUCGAGAGCGCCAACUGGAGAUACUGCGAAUCCUGCCUCAGCAAAACGAUGGCAUGGGUGGGUCGUCAAAAAAGAAGGUUCAGGAAAUUAGGCAGAUUCUUGCUGCUGAGCAGCAAGCCCUGGAAAUUUUAGCAAACCUCUGUUCAGAGGAGCCUGGCAGUGAAAAUGUUUCAGACUUGGACGAAUCGGAUGAUUGCGAAGCAGAAUUCAUGGAAGAAGAUUCAACUGAAGAGAGAGGCUAUGGAGUCUCAAAUAUGCCAGUCGAACUCGUCGAAGUGGUAACUAGCCACGGAACGAUGAAGAAAGUUUGGCAACUCACAAAAGCACUUCCAGAUAAUAUUCAGGAUUUAAUGGGGAAAUCUCCAGAAGGAAAGAUCAUAAAGAAACAAUUUCAUACUCUCCGCUGUCGAGCCUUUUUGUGCCUUAAUAAUUUACUGACCAGUUUCGACAUUGAUGGAUUAGGUACCCCCGACGAAUUAUACAGGAUUUGGAUAGAAAUUGGCACAACAGUCUUUAAAGUUGCCGAUCCUAAUGACACGGAACUGCUGGAGUCUGCGACCUCAGCAAUGCGAGCUGUUUUACAGAAACUUACUGAGAUCCGUGCAAACUCUUUCAGUCAGAUGACUUUAGAAGAUCUCCAGCCCAUGUUGAACGGAGAGAGACAAUGUCCCAAUCCAAGUGUUCGAAUAAAUUUGAUACGCAUCCUUGGUAACUUGGCACUUUUGCUCGUUACUGUGGAUAAUACGGAGAGUCGCGAAUUAGUUAAGUAUGUGUCUACGUUCUUACUGGAUGCUUGUACAAAGGAGACGGAGGUCUGGGUAAUGGCCGAAGCAUUAGAUGCAAUAAUGGAUAUUUACGCCGAAGAUGAGACAAAUCAAUUAGCAGUCGAAGUAGAUCUUGUUGAGAAACUUCAAAGCCUUAUUCCGCUUUUCAAUAACAAGAUCCGAUUGCAGAAAAGGAACCUCGGUGAUAAUGCAUUUGUGGUGUCAACGGUUAAGACAAAUUUAAGAAGAUUCGUCAAAUAUAAGGAUCAACAAGUGGCGGGUCUUAGGUAGAAUUUACUACAGGUAAAUAUAAUUUUACAACAAAGGAAGAAUGAAUUAUGUAGAAAUAUCAAUUGUUUUACUUACCCUACCUGUAAAUCUGUGAAUCCUCUGUACAGAAUGAGAUAUUAAAAAAAUAUUCCUAUACA